UGUGUUUUUCGGAUAAAAUAAGCAAAUAUUCGUUUAUGUUUGCGAGUAGCCUGGGUACUAAUAAUGGCGGACGUAAAUUCUAGAAUCCACUCAAAUAAUCACUUGUUGACAGUUUUUGCCCUGUUUUCUCGUUGUUUCUCGUUCUUUCCAUAGAGUUUACUCAAUUUUUGCUGAGUCACUGCACGCAAUAAGUUAUUUUUGUUAAGACUCGAGCUUUCUGGAUAAUUCUUACACCGGGUAUAAAUAUGCGAGCGCUACCGGAGAAAAACAACAACUUUGAAAAGACACAGCGAAAAAAAAAAAAAAAAAGAUAUCAAGCAAGCGACUUCGAACGCGGAGCACUUCAAGGCCUUAGAAUUAUAUAUGGAUUCGGAUAAGUUCCAGAUCGCUACCCUUGACGUCAGGGAGUUCAAACCUGAGGAAAUCUCUUGCAAAGUUGAAAAUGGGAAAAUCAAAGUCUCCGGCUUACACCGACAUGAAAGCGAAGAAGGAUUUGAUUCCAAGGAAUUCCGUCGAUGCUACAAUCUUCCCGAGGGAGUUGACGAGUCUUCCAUCUCCACACGGAUUGCAGAGGAUGGCAUGUUGCAUGUUGAAGCUCUAAAGAAAGCACCUCCGGCAACAAAAGAGAACCAGUCAGCGGCCACUAAAGACGAUACCAAGUUUACGCUUGCACUAGAUGUGAGCGACUUUAAGCCAGAGGAAGUGGACGUCAAGGUGUACGGGCACGAGCUAUCAAUAAGGGCAAGGCAGGAGUGUGAGGAGCACGGAUUCUUUACUGCGCGUCAGUUCAACAGGCACUUUGUGUUGCCACAGGAGGUAGACAUGGAUACACUGGUGCCACGCCUUGCGAAAGAUGGGGUGUUGUACAUUGAAGCAGAUAAGAGACCUCUGAGACAGCUUGAGAUUGUUAUGGACAGUUAGGGCACACCAGUGCAACAGCAGAAAUAAGAAGUCACCUCAUAUCAAAACAGCAACCCAUGACACAAAUGGAUGGGAACAGACAGGGAUCUGACACCACAAAGAAUUAGAAGAAAAAUGAAUUAUAGGAAUCUUAACACAACUGAUAAAGGCAGCUGUAAAGGAGAUUACUAAAAAAACACUAGAAACUAAUUAAUAAUAAUAAUUAUUAUUAACAAAUAUGCAAUUAUAUCAGUACCUAGAGUUUAUAAUAAAAUAUUUUUAUGUAA